CUAGGAGACAAGUCGCAUCUAGUGUGGACAAGUGUUUACUGGAAUACCUGAACGAGAUUAAUUUUGUAUACUCAACGCCAUCUAGCGUCGGAUAGAAUGUUCAACUUAGUAUCGCUACUCGUCGCCGCGGCGCUAGUGUCGCUGCAAUGUGGGUUCGAGGCGAACGCACAGCUCGAUAAUAAACAGAUGGACAAUAAUAUUAAGGCUUUUGUGGCUCCCAUAACAAAGAGGCGUUCUCGAAACUUCGUAUCCAUACAACAGGCUCCUCCCGAGACUGCUCAUCUUGCCGGAGCGCCGAUAGAAUUGCGAUGUGAAGUCAUGGGUGUCCCCUCGCCUACUGUGCAGUGGUUGAAGAAUGGAGAACCUAUUGCUGACUACAUGGAAGAAACUAACGAGAUACAAGCAGUGUACCCAUCAAGCAUGGCCUGGCUGAUGUCAACACUGGUAGUGUCGGCGGCAGUCAGCGGCGACGUUUUUACGUGUGUGGCUACCACUGGGCUCGCUACUGAGACGGCCUCUUCCACUGUCUUUGUUGAACCAGGUGACGACGCAAACCUUCUCCUCCCCCUCUUCCCCUCAGCGCCAGUAAUAACCUCCUACUACGUCCAACUCUUCCAAGACAUCGGCAGUGACGUCGUAUUGCCGUGCCGUGUUUACAGCCCUACUGAGCCUCAAGUCUACUGGCAAGAUCAGCACCAUAAUCUCAUUUAUGACAACCCUAGGAUGAGGGUGCUUCGCUCUGGAGACCUUUACAUCAAAGACAUCCGUUGGACCGACAUGGGAGAAUACACCUGCACCGCCAAGAACCUUUACGGAAAGACUACAGUCUCCAGCUUCCUCUAUCCGGCUAGGCCUAAACAUUAAACCAUCAAAAUCCGCCGACCAAGACUCCCGCCGAUGCUUAUUGAUGUUCCUAUUUAUAGUUAAAAGUAUUAACGUAAAAUUAACUUAUUAUUAGACUAAGUUAUGCUUAAAAUCAUUGUACUUGCCUUGUUUUUAAACUUACGGCAUUUUUAAUUUAUUGCAAGCUGUGAAAAAGCUCUUUUAAAUGCAUAUUAUACUAUAAGGUCCCUAUCUUGGGACAUGUUUCCAGUAAUGGGCAUUCGCUGUACCAGUCUUUGACAGUAUGUGUAAGCUUUGAUUUUAGAUUAAGUAGCUAAUUAUAUCGUGUCUGAAUUUAAGCACAAAAUGUGCUAAAAGCAUAAUCGAUGGUAAAUAAGUUUUUAUUUUAUUUAAUGUAAAUACUCUCAUUUGAGAAGUUUUUUUGUGAAAUGAGGUCUGUAGUUUUCAGUAAAUUAUGAUUAUUCUUUUUUUCGGCACAUGUACUGUAAUUUUAUAAAUGUAAGCAUUUACUUGUUUAUAUAUAAUUAAGUUAUCUUCAGAGAUUUUAUAGUGAUAAAUAGCCGCGAUCUGACACAUAUCCAUUCUAAACAUAAAAACCGAUUUUUUGACAGAUUAACUUAGGGCAAACCAUUAAAAUAGGGUGUAAUGGACAGAAAGAUUUUAAAGUCGCCUGCAAAGUGGUAUUACACGCCACCCUGUUUUUUUUUUCAUUAUUACAAAAACGACCAGUCCGUGGAUUAUGUAAGUAAAAUUUAAAAAAAAACAGCCAAUUUUUUUCGCGAUCGGUUCCAUAGUAAAAUUGAUUACAUAACCCUUAUUUAUCAAUAUCGUAAAUUAUUGCAGGUUACUAAAAAGUCAGAAAAUAAUGGUGGAAUUACUGACCCUACUCUCAACUUUUUACCAUAAAAAUGUUUGAGUGAAAAAUGGCGAUUAUCAACUAAACAACUGUCUGAAGAUCCUAUUUUAAUUUCAAUACACGUCAAAAACAAGUUCUAUGCAUAUCGUAUUUAUAACUUAUUUUUGAAGUAUGUUUAAAUUAGAAUCAGGCUGUAUAUCUAAUUUCCAGUAAUGGUCACCUUCCUCACGUUAUUAUGUAUUA